UAUGACGGAAUCCAAACUGACAAAACAAAGAUUCAAACUGCAACGGUGAAUUGGUUUGAUUGGUUUUUAUUGUAGCACGCGAAUUUAAUUGUUAAAUUAUUCCGUAAUGAAAUCUUUACCUUAAUACUGCAUAGUAGUACACAUAAGUUCAUCAUGCAACAGAAAUGGAAGUGUAUUAUUUCAAAUUGGAUUAAUUGUUACUUUUACGAUAACAAUAACAAACAUGAACCACAAGUUAACCAAGAGUUGCUACUUAAUAUUAUAAAUCACCUUCGUCAAAACUUUAAUUUGAACGAGUCGAAGUCAUCAAUAUUUAGUGGACAGACAUUAGAAGAAUUUAUUGCUGAAAAGUUUCCUGGAUUCAUGUUCGAAAAUGGUACACUUCAAGCUGUAACCGAAGACGAUAUAUUCAUAGCAGCUUCUCUUUUGCUUUUCUUCGUUUGCGUUAACUCGAAAGAUGUGAACAUAAAAAGUGCCAUGUGCAGUAAACUAAGCGCGAGCGACCAAGAAAUUAUAUUAAAAUUCAGUAAAACUUUAAUGGCAUGUUCGAAGAUUUCACCUCUUGAUGUAGUUGCUGCUAUAACAGAAGCUUGCGGUCCCGACAUGUCUACUGGCGAGGGUAGCGGACGCUCUUUGGUAGCAGAGACUCCACCCGCGUUGCGCUCGCUUCACGGCGAGGUGCGCCGCCUGCAGGCCGCGCUCGAUGCUGAGCGCUUUGACAGGAAUUACCUGCAGGAUGAGCUUGCCAGGACCAAUUUAAAGCUAGAGAAGUUAGUAAAAGACAAAGAACAAUACAAGAUAGAUAUAGUGAAUCUGAAGGCAAAGAUUUCGAUGUGUUGCGGCCAGGAGUCCGAGGUGCGCGACGGAGAGACGGACAGCAGUGAGAUUAGUAAGCUAACGAAACAAUUGCAGCAGAUGGAACAGCGCCUUGUGGAUGUGCAAGAAGAACUGGACGAGGUCAAACACGAGAGAGACACAUUGAAAACAAAGUUGGACAAUUUGAAAUGUGAAUGCGAUAGAUUGAUAAUGUUAAAUCAACAAGAGAGCUCUCAAGCCACUCAACUAGCCGAGGAGUUGGAGAACGAGAGGCGACUGAGUCAGAGCCUCCGCGAGCUGGUGAUUGAGCUCCGGCAGCACAACCAACGUAAUGGACUCGACGCCAGUAUGGAGUGUGACGAUCCUGACACCAGUGUACAGUCUUUACAACGGAGUUUCUCUGUUUGUAAUGAUGUUUGUGCUGUUGUGGAAGUCCAGUUAGGCGAAGAAAGAGCGAAAAUUGAAGCUCUCAAACAACAAAUAAAUGUAUUACAGGAUGAAUGUAAUGGACACCAACAAAAUGUCAACACAUUCAAGAAGAUAAUUUCGGAUAAAGAGAAUGAAAAUUUUGACCUUAAACAUCGAAUUAAUGAAGAAAUUGAGGACAAAAAUAAUUUAAAAUGUUUUUUCGAUAACGAAAUUACGAAACUGAACAAUAUUGUUAAUGAAUUAGAACAAAAACUUAAGUCCCAAAGUGAGCAAUGCAAGAUGAUAAAUGAAAAACACUUACACGAGGUUCAAACAUUACAGGAAGAAAAAAUGUCGCUUCUUCAAAGUUUGUCAGACCAAGCUAAAACGUCAGAUAAUCAAAUAAAGGAAUUAAAAGAGGCAUUAGACACAGAGAAAGCUUCUAAAAAUAAUAUGAGAGAUGACUAUGAAAAUCGUGUUAUGAAAUUAAAAGAAAAAGUAUUGAAUAGAAAUAAUGAGUUGGUGGAGUUACAAAAUAAGAUUUUACAGAAAAGUGAAGUUAUUGAACAAAUAAGUUUAGAACUUCGUAAAGAGAAGGAAUUAAAUAAUGCUAAGAUUAACGAACUUACUAAUGAUUUAACAGUUUUGAACGGACAAAAAAUCAAAAUAGAAAAAGAUCUACAGGAGAAAUGUUUAGAUAUUGCAAAAUUGAUAGAAAAAUUACACAAACGUGAUGUUUCCAUAGACAACUUGAACAAAGAGAUCGAAUGUUUUAAAACAUCUGCAGCUAAUUUAAAGGAAGAAUGUAGAAUUUUAGAAGAAACGAAGCAGUCUUUACUUGAUGACGUUCAAAAUCGACAAGUCAGUGCUGAAAAAAUGCGCAAAGAAUUAGAUAACUUGAGACAGUUGCACAGUGAAGAGAAAGAUAAAAUUCAAUGCAAAGUAGACGAAAUGUGCGCCAUGGUCAAAUCACUUCAAACUCAAUUACAAAAUGAGAUAGAUUUUAAAAUAGGAUUGCAACAUGAGUUAGAAAAGACACAAGGUGUUAUUACAAAAUUAUCAAAUACUAAUACAAAACUAAACACUGAAUUGUCAGAAACUGUCACAAAAAUGCAAGAAAAAGAAGAGAUUAUCAUGACGAAGGAUUUGGCUCUACAAGAAGAACGAGAUAAGUGUUCGAAUUUAAAACGAGUCUUUGACGAGCUUAAUGUUAAUAUUGGAAAAGUUUCAAAUGAAGUUUUACAAAAGAGUCAAAUAAUAGAAGAAUACGAAAAAUUGAAUAAAUCGUUGCAGGAAGAAAUCACAAAAAAUAGUGAAAAAAUGAGUACACUUCAUACAGAGUUGGAAAAUCUUAACAAAGAAAAGAUGAGUUUGCAAAUUUCCAUUGAAUCAUUAAAUAAUGAAAAACAUGAAAUUAUAAAAGAAAAGGAUUUACUCUUACGUACAGAAAAGGAAAAACUUGGAGUACUCAAAAAGGAGUGCCAUAGUUUACAAACUUUUAUUGAAUCAUUGAAGAAUGAUAGCAAUAAAUUUAUAAAAGAAAAGGAUUUACUUUUACAAAAAGAAAAAGAAACUCAAGAAGAACUUAAAAAAGAAUAUGGAAAUUUGCAAACUUUCGUCGAAUCAUUAAAGAAUGAAAAAGAUAAAAUUAUAAAAGAAAAGGAUUUACUUUUACAUAAAGAAAUGGAAACGCACGAUGUACUUAAAAAGGAGUAUGAUAAUCUGCAAAGUUUCGUGGAAUCAUCAAAGAAGGAGAAAGAUGAAAUUAUAAAAGAAAAAGAUUUACUUCUACAUAAGGAAAAGGAAGCACAUGAAGUACUUAAAAAGGAAUGUGAUAGUCUGCAAAUGUAUGUCGAAUCAUUAAAGAAUGAAAAAGAUACAUUUAUAAAAGAUACGGAUUUACUUUUCCAGAAAGAAAAAGAAACAUAUGAUGUACUUAAAAAGGAGUAUGAUAGCCUGCAAACUUUCUUGGAAUCAUCAAAGAAGGAGAAAGAUGAAAUUAUAAAAGAAAAAGAUUUACUUCUACAUAAGGAAAAGGAAGCACAUGAAGUACUUAAAAAGGAGUGUAAUAGUCUUAAAACUAAUUUGGAAAAACUUUCCAGUGAAUUAAUAUUAAAAGAUAAAUUAAUUCAAGAUUGUAAUAAUAAUCUGGAACAUUUAAAUACGGCUUAUCAGGAUAAAAUUACAAAAUCCAAUGAAAUUAUUGAUUCUCUGAAAGCAGAUUUGAUUAAAGUGAAUGCAGAAAAGCAAAGCCUUCAAGUAUUAAUAAAAUCACUAACAGACGAGAAAAAUGAAAUCAUCGCAGAAAAGGAAGAAAUUUUGCGUAAUGAAAAGGAAUUGUAUAAUAAAUUGAAACAGGAUGAUGAAAAAAUUAAAACAGACUUAGUAAAAGCAUCCAAAGAAUUGACAAUAAAAGAUACUUUAUUAAAAGAAUAUGAAAUUAAACUGACAAAUUCAAAUAAUUAUUGUCAAACAGAGAUCUCUAAAUAUAAAGAAAAAAUUGAUUUACUCAACCAAGAUUUGACUAUUGCUAAUGCGCAAGAACAUAAACUCCAGGACACCAUUCGUUCAAUAACACAAGAAAAAGAUGUGAUUAUUAAAGAAACUGAAACACUUUUACAAGCAGAAAAAGAAAUGUAUGCAAAACUUAAACAAGACUAUAACAAACUUAAUAAAGACAUCGAAGAACUAAAUAUUGACACUAAAGAGAAAGACAAAAUAAUACUAAAAUGUGAAAACGAACUGCGAAAUCUUAAUAAAUUAUUACAGGACGAAGUAAAUAAAAAUACUGAAAUCAUUACCUCAAUUAAUGGAGAGUUAAAGUCAGUUAACGCCGAGAAAGAAAACCUUCACAAAACUAUAAUGUCAUUGAAUGAUGAAAAAAACAAUUUGAUUAAAAUUGUUAAUGAAAAAUCAAAUAUUAUUUCGGAAUUGGAGUCGGAACGUGAAUCAUUAUCAAGAAAAAUGGAAGAGAAAGGCGCAACUAUUCACGGUUUGGAGCAAAAGUUACAGGACAAAAUGUUGGCCUUUAUGGAAAUAGAAAAUAAUUUCGGUAUAGAAAUAUCAAAACUUAUGACCAAAUUGAGUGACGCUGAAAAAACAUUCAAAGAUAUUAAGGCAAAAUCGAAUAAGAUUAUAGAAAAUCAGGAAUUACAAAUACAAUCAUUGAAUGGAGACAUAUUUACUUUAAAGGGUAAACUUGAAAAUAGUCUUAAAGAAAUAGGCAAAUUGGAAAACAAAUUAAAAGAUAUAAAUUUGAGAUAUGAAAAAGAAAGAAAAGAUUAUCAAAACAAGUGUAACAGUCUAGAAGAAGCAAACAAUAUGAUGAAAAAUGAAAUUGUAUUAAAAGAGACUAGUAUUUGUGAACUGGACAAGAAAAAUACUUUAUUGUCUUCUGUGGUUACAGAGCUAGAAAAAGAACUAACCAUUUUGCGGGAUGCAAAUAAUGAAUGGAAAUGUAAUAAAGAUCUUAUGGAUGACAAUAUAAAGGUAGAAAAGGAAAGAUUAAUGAAGACGAUAGAAGAACUUAACAUUAAAACAGGAGAAUUAAGUGAAGAGUUAAAAGAAAAAUCACUUAAAAUUAAUAGUUUAGAAGAAGAAUUAAAAGUAUAUUUUAAUGAAAAAGCCACAUCAGAGAAAGAAAAGUGUCUCUACAAAGCAUUGUUGGUUGAAUUAGAAAAAGAUAAAGACAAUCUGAUCAGUGAAAAUAAAAUAUUAGAAAGUGAGAACGAAGAGUUGCUUGAAGGAAGAAGUAACUUAGAAUCAAACUUAAUUAAAUUGAAAACUAACUUUGAUGAAUUGAAAAGUAACUUGGUCAUACUUGAAGAAGAAAAAGCUAAUAUUAUCAAUGAGCUGGAAAGAACAAAGUCCUGUAUGAAUACUUAUAAUGAAUUAAACAUACAAUUAAAACAGGAAAUAAAAGAACUGAAAAUUGAAAAGGAUAAUCUAAAUGAGGAGAGAAAUUUGAUUUUGUCAAGAAUAGCCGAUGUUGAAAAUGAAAAGCUUAUUUUAAAAAAUGAAGUGCUACCAAAACUGAAAGAAGACAAUUUAAGAUUGACGAAAUUAAUUGAUGAAGAUAAAACCGUUAUAACUAACUUAGAGAAACUAAUCAAAGAGAAAUCUGAACAAAAUGAUAAACUGUGUCAAGAUUAUGACGCGGAGAAAGUGACUCUUACGAAUAAAUGCCAAGUUUUGGAAGAAAAUCUCAAAGAAGCUGAAUUGAAUCUUGAUAAAAGAAACGCCGAAAUAAAUGAGCUAAGAAAAGAACUAGAAAUAUCUAUAUCAGAUGCAAAACAUCGUGAAACUGAAUUACAAGAAAAUAAUAAAACAUUACUUGAACAAUAUGAAGAAAAAGAGAUGAAAAUACAUAAAUUAAUACAAGAUUUAGAAGAAGAAAAAGCGAAUAUGACACGAUGUCAACAAGAACUCCAAAGUAAGGAAAUUAGAAUCUUAGAACUUAAACAAAGACUUAAUAUGGCUGAAACUGAGAAUAGAGGAACUGAAAAUGAGAAAUUACAUUAUACGGAAACUCUUAAGAAAAAAGAUGAAGAAUGUGCAUUAUUGAGAAACGAGAACAACGAAUGGAAAAUUAAAAUGGACGCAUUGGAUGUUGAAUUUAAAGCUGAAAAGAAUUCUUUACAAAAUGAACUACAAAUACAAGUUAUUAAAAAUGAACAACUAGCACAAGAUCUAGAACUGACAGUCCAACAAUCAAAUGAGCUUAAUAACAAAUUAUUGACUUACAAUAAUGACAUGACGGAAUUGAAAAAAGAAAUUAAUGACAUUAAAAAUGAAAAAGAAAAAAUUUCGAACGACAAUAAUGUACUAAUUCAAGACAAUAAUAACAAUAUUGCAAAAUUAAAUAACCUACAAAAAGAAUUUGUUGUUGCCCAAAAUGAAUUGACUCAAAUUAAACAGGAUAACUUGCAAUUGAAAAGUAUUUUUAAAGAAAAUAUUGAUAAUUUAGAUAUUAAUGACAAAUGUAGAAUUUUAAAAGAAUGCAAUACAAAAAUAGAACAAACAUUAGAACAACGACGAACAGAAAUAAAUGCACUAAAAGAGGAAAUUAAGAUUGUGACAACCGAAGCCAAAAUACAUGAAACUGACUUGAAACAGAAGAACGAAAUGCUUACAAAGACUUUAGAAGAAAAGGACGAUGUUAUUUUAAAAAUCAAUGAGGAAAUAGCUAAAGAAAAAAUACUUAAUGGCGAAUAUCAUAAACAAGUGCAGUUACAUCAAAACGAUAUCAGUGAAUUGGAGAAGAAAUUGAGCCAAUUAAAAGAUGAUAUCGAUCGAAAUAAUUGGGAAACUGAAACAAAUGACGCCGGCAUAAUUGAAAUGUGUGGUGAGGUAGAGGCGCGUGUCCGCGGGCGCGGGCCUCACUCUGACGCACAGGUACAUAGCUCAUCAUCCGACAUCACUCAUACCGCCACUGAGAAGAACAAAAUCAUUUCUGAUCUAGAGAGAAUACUGAAUGAUAAAAAUAGAACAAUUAGUAAUCUUAAUAGUGAUAUAACUUACUUGAAGUCGUUGAUGGCCGAGUCGGAAAGUCAAGUGCUGGACAGGAACAAGGAACUGGAGUCGAGCAGAGAGAACUGCCAGCAGCUCUCGCUUCAGCUCAAGAAAAUCGUGCACCAAAAGAAUGAGGAGAUUAUGGAUCUGAAGAGGCAGAUCACCAAGAUGAGCCUCACGGAGAAUCGCGCCUCGCAGAUAAUCAAGGUGUCCGCCAGAUAUCAGGAGAUCAUACAAAAAAGGAUCGCAGAAAUUAAAUCCGAUACCGUGCUAAAGGAGUUGACGAACUUCGGCAACGCGGCCAACGGCGACCUGAAGCGCAGCUUGAACUCGGGCUCCAUCACCAUGGAGGACCUCGAGAACUUCCUGGAGACCACCGACAGGCACCUUCGCAAGUGCGCAGAGAAGCGCGCCGCGUUGCAGAAGGAGCGAGACAGACUGCUCGAGAUCAACAGGAUUAACGAGUCGGACGUUAUCAACAUAAAGAAGUUCCUCACCGAGCUCUCCGUCAGCGUAAAGACGUUCAAUUCUUACAAGGAGAUGUACUCACAAAAAAUAAGUAGAGUCAUUCUCCUGCAAAGGACGGUGAGGCGAGAGAUACUGAAGGUGGAGGAGCGGCUGUGCGAGGAGGCGAGGUGUAAGCUGGAGCGCACGUACGCGGCCGUCAUGCAGGACCUGGUCGAGUGCGCCCUCAACAUGGAGCGCUGGGUGGAGCGCUGCGUUGCGCGCGCCUUCUCCUCGGAGAAGUUGAAGCAGGCCUUCAUGAACGACCUCGACCGCGCCUCCCUCGCCCCCGCCUCCUUCCAGAGCGCCGCCCUCGAGGCGCAAAUAGACGAGCUGGAGAACUCCUUCCAGAAGGUCCUGGAGGAGGUGGCCCGCGCGCUGAAGGGCGAGGGCGUGGCCGGGGGGCGGCGCGCGGCGGGCGGCGGGGGCACCGUGGCGGAGGUGCGCGCCGAGUACGAGGACAAGCUCACCCGGAUGAAGGCGAAAAUGAAAGAGUUGUACAGCCAAGAGAUCGAGGUGUUCAAGGAGCGGCAGCGGCGGGAGGUGGAGGAGCUGGAGCGCGAGGUGGCGGCGACCCGCGCGCGGCUCGCGGAGACCAGCGGCGCCUACGAGGAGCACAUCCGCGGCCUCACCAGCGAGCUGUGGAGGCUCGGCGAGAGACUCGUCGAGCGCGAUGAGGACCGCCCCCGCGCGCCGCGCACUCCCCGCACUCUGCGCGCGCCCUCGCUCAUGUCCCUGCAGCAGAUGCCUUCGUCCUUUGCGGUGACACACGCGGAGGAUCAGAGCCGAGCAUCCGACACGCAUUCCUUGAGGUCUCUUCCUGUAAAUAUAAAUAACAAGAAAAAAGAAGGUCGCGGCUUGCACAUGUCCGAUGAGGAGGGCGAGGUGUUCGACAACCGGUACCUGCGCGAGCUGCGGUCUCCGAGCGAGGCGGGGCGCGGCGCGGGGGCGGGGCGCGCGAGCGAGCUGGCCACGCCCCGCGCCCGCGGAGACCCCUCCCUCCGCCUUUCCGAGCUGCGCUGGCGCAACUCGCUCUGUCUGCCGCAUCUUAAGAGCUCGUACCCCGCCGAGACACAGUUCGUAGCGGCACAUGAAGACGAAAUUAAGGCUGUUCCCGCCAACGCGACAGUCGGCGGGCGUCAGCGCAAAGAGGUGGGCAUCACGGCGUACAAGAAGCCCGGCCCGCCCACACCCAGCAAGCAGGCCGGCCGCCUCUCCGCCACGGACUGUGAGCUGCGGGAGUCGCUGCGGGUGGAGGUGGAGCCGCAGGGUGCAGGGGGCGGGGCGCAGGCGGGGCGGCGCACGGCCACGCCCUCGAGACUGCGCGCGCUCUUUACCUCCAACAGGAGCGACGCCGUCGAAGGCACCCCUCGAAGUAGAAGAUUGAGUAAUUUCUUCAGGAAAAAAUAA